CCUAGGCAGGCGCUUAGUCUGCUGAGCUAUCUCACCUGCUGAACUAUUGCACUGGCCGUGCAGCCGUCAAGUUCCAGUCACCUGGCACGGUCAGGGAGGCCAGUCCCAGGAAAUGCAGGUUACCAGGAGAUCCCUUGUCGAAAGGUACCACUAGAAGUGGCUUCCAAGUGUCCUGGUCCGGUCCUGAGUGCCAUGGGCCACUCAGGUAGGUAGUUCUUGGGUCCUGUACUUGAAACUGUGGAGGAGGUGCCACCCUGCACUACAGCCAGCAGCCUCAGGCCUCGGAAGGCACCCUACACCCUACUCAGCUGCGCAUGUGUGCACCUGCAGGUGUGUCCAUCUGCAGAUGUCAGGCUGAGACCUGCUCCUUUACUGCUUGGAGCUAAGCGUGUGCGCACAUAUCACUGUGCGCAUGUGUCUGCAGCCACGUGUGUGUCCUCACGCCUGCAGAUGUGGGAACCUGCCUGUCCCUGGGCCAGCAACUGCCACAAGGAGUCUGAGUGUCCCCUGCCCCUCUGCACUUAGUUCUGUGACCUUGUCUCAAGAUAGUACUCUCACUCUGGCCACGCCUGCCAUUGGACCUCACCUUGUGGGGGCCCUUCAUCAGAGACUGGGGGUCCUGAGGUUUGGCCUGAGAGUGGAGCCUGCCAAGGGCUGGAGAAUUACGUGCCCUUGUGGAGUCAGAGGUUUAGUCUGCCCCAGUACUGGCCUGGCCCUCAGUGCACAGAGGAUCCACAGACAGACAGCAUCUCAUGUGGGCUCAGGGAAGGGCUUGGGUGUGAGUUCUGGUUCCCCUGCAGGCUAGGAAGAGUUCCCACUCAGGACAGUGGGACUGGGGGGGCCUGACCUGCUGCACCCUCAGCCUAGGAUCUCUGUGCCACCCAGUCCCGUAUUUUGUUUGGGGCCAGAUGGUUUCAGUUGCUGUCAGCAGUCCAUGUCACCCAUGAGGACUGGGCCACUGGAUGGAGACAUUGUCCCUCUGUCCCUCUGCGGGGCUGCCCAUGCACAGCAGCCACCUGACUCCUCAGCACUUCUCCCUGGGAACGCAGAGAAGCGCGGUCAUCCAGGGCCCCCUCCCAGGAAUGACAGCCCUGACCCUCUCCCAUAGCUGGCUUCCUCACAGCCCCGAUGUCCCAGGAGGGGUGGGCUGGGGGCAACAUCCAGCUGCAUUGCGAGGCAGUUGGCAGCCCUGUCCCCGAGAUCCAGUGGUGGUUUGAAGGGAACUGGCCUGGCGACCCCUGCUCCCAGCUCUGGGAUGGCGCCCGGCAGGACCGUGUCCACAUCCACGCCACCUACCGCCAGCACGCGGCCAGCACCAUGUUCAUCGAGGGGCUCACCGCCGAGGACGCAGGCACCUAUGAGUGCCGCGCCAGCAACGACCCUGACCGUAACCACCUGACCCGCAUGCCCAGGGUCAAAUGGGUCCACGCCCAGGCAAGCGUGGUGGUCCUUGAACCCCAGGGCUCCAACCUGAAAUGGGAAUCAACAAGACAGGAGCACAGCCUGGACAGAAACCGUAGCCCUGCCUCCCUGCUCCGCGCAUCUGCCUGUCCUGCUCCGUCCGUACACCCCUGUGAUCCUCGUUGCUGGCCCGUCUCCCCUGCAUGUGUCCAGUGGGUCUGGGGUCUGGGCUUAGCAGUACCUGUGGCCCUCGAGGGCCUCUGCAGCGUUUAGUGCGCUGUGUUCAGGUUUGGACUCCCGAGAGUUGCCAGCAGCUGGGUGGGCGGUUUGCUGUGCUGGAGGUGAGGGUUCCUAACGGGGAGCCCCGUGGCUGUUUCCUGGAAAGGAGGCCUAGUUUUGUGGGGCCCCUGUACCAGGUUGGUCCUCCAUGCUUAUGGAGAGUUUUAGGGUGUUCUUGGCCUCCUGAGGGAGAGGCCUUGGAUGGACAGGGGCCCUCUGUGCCCCUCAACCCCUGGGCACCCCUCAGAGCAAAGUUCCCUCCAUCCCGUGCUCAUCUCUCCUUGCUGUGGU